UCCACCGUCAACGCCGCCCCUACAAUUCAGACUUUGCAGGGCAAAGUCCAGACCUUGAAGCAAGCUAUUAGAAUCAAGAAUGCAGGAGGCUCCGACGCAGAGGAGCAGCUGGAGCAGCUGGUACACAAAUGGACCACCGUCGCACGCGAAAUCGCAUGGGCGCUAUGGGACACCGCCAAAGACCUUGAUCUCGGCAAUAACGGAGGCCUCAACAAGGGUGGUCUGUUCGCAAACAGUGACGCGGGAGGUGGGCUCUUCCAAAGUGGGUGGGGAUAUGAUGAUGGUAGGAAACACCCAGAUAGACCUAGCGGUUGGGGGUGGGACGAAACCGAUAGUACUCAGGACGCCGACAACACCGACCAGAAAGACUUGCCUCUGGAUGAAGAUCAUAUGCCGCGCAUACCCCACUCACUUGGGACGAUGCUUCGCCAUCUCGGCAUUGCACCAGAGACAUUGGGGUGGGAUGAAGAUGAAGGUGAUUUCGUUGAU